CAUGCUCAAGCCACAGUGUGUAUACUGUGCUCAAACCUUCAAACCCAGAUUGACUCAGACUUCAGAAUCCUCAGAUUUCUCUGGAAACUCGUGAAACGUGGAUGUGCAAGUAGUACGAGAAGAAUAUUAAAGCAAAAUACGUGUCAGAAAAUUUGAACUACUUUAACAAUCGAAGACAUUUUACUUACAUUUUACACACAAAGGUAUUCAGGUAUACAGUGGAGAUGGCAGAAUUAUUAAGCAGUAAUAAAAGCGAUAGUGAUAAAAUCAAUGAUAAAAGUGAUCAGGAGAUACAGUGUCUCGACACUAAUAAUAUAAAUAAUGAUAAAAGCGAUAAUUUAAACGAUGAUAAAAAUGAUAGUAUAAACGAUGACAAAAGUAUUAAUAUAAAUGAGGACAAAAGUAAUACCACAAACAAUAACAAAAAUGAUUGUGACCCAAGAGAAUCUAGCCGUAGGCAAUUUUACAAAAGCCGUAUAAGAAAAGAUAAUAUUAGAUUAGAAUUUGAUGAUAGUACACCUCAAGAAGAAAGACGCAGAUUGUUAUUAGAGUAUCAAAAGAAACAUAGAGAUGAAACUAUCAAUGCAAUACGUGGUAUACAAGAGUGUUCUACAUUAAAAAAUGAAGGUAUGGAUGAGGAGAAAUAUAUAGAUGAGGAGCAACAUAUAGGUGAAGAGGAAUAUAUAGAUGAAAAGGAGUGUAUGGAUGCGGAAGAGUACAUGGAUGAAGAGGAGUAUAUGGAAGUAGAAGAUUAUGCCUCGUCGUAUUAUAAGAUUCUUCCGAACGAAUCCAAAAUAAGUCGAAUGAUGCUAUCAGAAUGGAUGCUAGAUGUGCCGCAAGAUCUCAUUGAAAAUUGGAUUAUGGUUCCAUGUCCAAUAGGAAAACGAGUUAGAGUGAUCUCAGGCUGGGGUGAAACAAGGGCAUAUUCUAGAAAAGGUGUUCUACAUGGUGUCUUUCCUUCAGCACUUCCAGGUGGAAAUCCUGAUGCUGACUUUCACCACUCUGCUGCUAUCGAUUGUCUAUGGAUAAAGAAGAGAAAACUCUUUUAUAUAUUAGACGUGUUGUAUUGGAGUCUAUUGCCAUUUACGAAUUGUCAGGCUGAGUUUAGGUUUUUCUGGAUCAAGAAUAAGUUCCAGGAAAUACCAGAAUUCAAAGAACGUAAUACUGAUACAAAUAGAUAUCCUAUUUUAACUCUACCAAAUAUUAAUUGUAACUCGGAUAUUAAUUCAAUCUUGGCAAAAAAUUUUGAUAAUGAACAACUUUUGGAUGGAUUCUUAUUUUAUCAUUGUCAAGCAUUAUAUACUUAUGGACUUACCCCACUUGUGACGUGGUUAAAACCUUUUAUGUUAUCCGAAGUACUUGGAAUAUCUAUACUUUCAUUUGAUGAGAAACCAGAUGAUUAUAUAAAUUUUGAACAUCACAUACAAAAAAUAAAAACUAAGAAAAAUCUACAAGAUAAUAUUAUAAAGAGUGAUACUAAUUCCAUGGAAAUAGAAGAAGUCAUUUAAAAUGAAAAACUCAUUUAUUAUGGCAAUUUAUAGUGAUCUCAAACUAAAUGACUUAUAUAAUAAUUCAAAACUUAAUAUAUUUUUUUUAUUAUCAAAGAAUAUGU